CCCAUCCCUUUUGGUUUUACUACGUGUCCAUAACACCCAAAAUCAAGAAGGGCGCCGACAGAUGGAGUAGCACACUACGGUAGAGAAGUUGCAUAAACCGGAAUAAAGUGCCUCAGGGAGGCAGGUCCACCUGUCGAAACGUUGGCCAGCCUUUCUUAGGCACUUUAUCCCUGUUUGUGCCUAACUUCUAUACAACAACGUAUCCACAAAACGCAUUAAAGCUUCAUCCACUGGGCAAACCGCCGCGCACCGAAGCGGUGGUCGCGCGACGCCUCGCGCAUAGAGGACGACGAGACAGAGGAACACGGUCUAUAUAAGGAGCGCGAGAGCUCGGCCGAGCCGGGAUUCCACUAAGGACCUUGAUUCCACGUCAUGGCGAGCCAGCGACAGAACGCGCGUGGCAGGCUCCCACCGAAGCGCCGGCGUUCCACUCAAUCCGGUUCCGUCAGGCCGAAACCUCUCGAGCAGGCCGGGAACGACCGGGUUUCCUCAAGAUCACCGACACUCGCCGAGGACGUCGCCCCGAACGCGUUUCCGGCGACGAUCCCGUUCGAGGACGACGAGUGUCCCUUCUACCUGCUCCCGCCGAGGGACGCCGAGCUCGCCACAGCGGUGUCGGACAGCGACGCCCGAAGCAACUUCUCCAAGCAAAGCGCCCUCGCCGAAGACCUCGGCGCCUUGCUGGGCCACGGCCGCUACCAGCUCGAGGCGCUCUUCUGCGCCGCGUGCGCCCACUUCGUCAUGCUCUGCCACAACCUGCUGCACAACGUGGCCGCGCCGCACGUCGACCACUGGUGUCGCCCCCCGGCCGAGUACGCCAACCUGACGCUCGCCCAGUGGCGCUCCGUAAGCGAGCCCGUCGACGACCGGGGACAACCCCGGCGGUGCGAGCGUUUCGUGCCGCCGCUCUCCGUCCUGGCGGCCAACCGCUCCACGCUGCCCUGCGACUCGCUCGCGUACGACGUCUCGGCGUACGGCCGCACCAUCGUCAGCGACUGGGGUCUCGUCUGCGAGCGCGGGUGGCUGCUGUCCGCCUCGUUCGUCGCCUACAUGUGGGGAGCAGCGCUCGGAGCACUGGCCGUCGGUCAGCUGGCCGACAAGGUGGGUCGCCGGCCGGCCGCCCUGGUCGCCACGUUCGGCCUCCUCUGCUGCGGCCUGGGCGUUUGCUUCGCCGAAACGUUCCUGGCGUUCGCCGCGCUCCGCUUCGGCGUGUCCGCCUCCGUCUGCGGCGUCCAGGUGACCACUUACGUGCUCUUGUUCGAGGCGACCGCGCGCGCCCGACGCACCCUGUACUGCGUCCUGGCAACGGGCGUCGGUCUGGCCUUCGGUCCCGUCUGCGUGUACGCGCUGGCCGAGCUGAGCCGCAGCUGGGUGGCGACGCAGGUGAUCAUCAUGCUGCCCACGACCCUGCUAGGCGUCGCCGUCCUCUACACCACCGAGGAGUCUCCGCAGUGGCUGCUCGCCGUGUGCGACUUUCAAGGGGCCGAGAACGUCGUGCUUCGGGCGGCGAGGCUGAACCAACUCAACCUGCAGGACGCGCUCAACGAAUGGCGUUUGCGGACGGCGCAGGUGCCGCCGUUCUCCGUCCCGACUUUCAGGAAGGACCCCGAGACGCGGGAGCGCGGCUGCUGCGACGCGUUUCGCUCGCGCCUCCUGCGUCCGGUCGUCGGCGUGCUCUGCUGGUGCUGGUUCGUCGCGCUGCUCUCCUACUACAGCCACACGCUGAUGCGAGCCAGGAUCGGCGUCGUCGACUUGUUCUCGCUCAACUUCGUCGUCAUCGCGCUCCAGGUGCCCGGGUCGGUGGCGACGUACCUCUCCAUGCGGAGGCUAGGUCGCAAGUCCACCCUGUGGCUUCUGCUAUGCCUGCUCAGCUUCGUCGCCGGAAUGGACGCCGUCGUGCUGUCGGCGCGCGGAGACCGAGACCGCGCCGUCCUGUUUCUGCACGCGCUCACCGGAGCGCUGCUCAACCAGCUCGUCAUGCUCCUGUUCGCGUACAGCGUCGAGGCCUUUCCCACCGCCAGCCGGAGCGCGGCCGUGUCCGGGGCCAAUUUCUGCGGUCGGCUGGGCGCCGCGUCGGCGCCGGCGUUGAACAGGCUCCUGGGCGUCGCGGGUCUCGGAGGCGCCGUGCCCGAGAUGGCGCUGCUAAGCCUAAUGGCGGCGAUCACGGGUCUCGGGGCGCUGGCGCUGCCCGAUAGCAUGUCGCUGACGAUGCUGGAUCGCCUGGAGGAAGAAGCGCGUGCCACCAAGCGUUUCCUGCGUCCGCCGCCCAACUUGGCCAAGGCUUCGACGGCGGGCGCGAACUGAAGGUCUCGAUGGCAGCAAUCGUGCACCAAGACAUCAAGCCCCACUGAGCUCUGGUCGUUUUCUUUUCCUUCGUCGCAGUCAGCUGCCACAGAAUUGAUAGUUCCAAAUUUUGUUACAUCAUCCAGGCGCCUAACGACCGUGUUUGAGGCUGAACUUGGCGAUAUUGCAGCGGUAGCUUGAGCGGCGAUGUCUGUGCGCAUUUGAGAUCGCGUCUUCAUGCAAGCCAGACUCGACGGCGGCAAAUUGAAAUGGAGAUUAGAAUUUCGGCCUUGGCUCCGUGGUCCUGGUGGGGGCCCCGUGUAGUUCUUCCGAAGAAACGCUUGUAGGAAACGACUUCCUAGGUUCUUGCAACUAUUUUAGGAAGGAAUUAUCGUGCUUACUGUCGUCUUUUUCUUUCGCUACACAUUUGCAAAGAUACCAUAACAAAUGCAAAGUCUUUUUAAUUGUGAAUUGUCGCGCUGUUUUUUGUGAAACUGUCCACGUGAAAACCAAGUUCAUGCACCAAGGCUCUUAAAUUUGACUGUUGUACACCGGCAACGAAGCGCACACUGUCGUUUUAGUCGUGCUGUUUAUUCCUAGAGGAAUAGCUUCCUGCUAUUAUAGUGAAGUGUUAACACCGGCGAGUCACGUAAUCAAUUCUACUGCAACAUGACUUGCAAUAGUGCGAAAAUAAGUUCUGUGGUAUGAAGUAUGUGUAGUCAACUAUUCGAGAACUUGACAGGAAAUUAGCUAUUAGUAAAUGUACGAGGCACUCGAGUUUCGCAACCUCAAUUAGCACUGAAACUGCCUGGUCUGUUGUUUCAACCUGGGUAGGCCUAAUGGCCUGGCACACCGGCACGUACGCGGUGGAAUGAAAUAAUUGUCACAUUGAUAUUUCAAAUUGAAAUUAUUUGGUUUACCUUCUUUUUUCACUUCCUUACCUCUUCCGUUUCCAUAUAUACAUUUACUCUGUGUUUAUUUAUUUUCGUAUUAGAAUGUCUUCUAAUUAAGACGUUCUCCUUGUUCGCCUAUCAUUCAUUAAAUGUUCAUCUGAAUGA